AUGGACGAGGAGAGUGCCAUGUGCGCGCUGCGCAAUCUGGCGAAUACGGAGAUGCUGGGCAGGAUGUUACGAGUGGAUUACGCCGACAAGGACGCCAGAGACAAUGCGGCGGCUCAGGCUCUGCAGAGCGGGAAUGCCCCACCAGGCAUGGUGGGGGGCGGUCCUAUAAACCAGAAUCAAGGGCCAGGGCCGUGGAAUCCGAAUCAAGGACAAAACAUGCAGCAGAUGCAGGUACCUGUGGGCGGCGUAGACAAAGGGAACAUCGGGCGGCCCAACUCCACCCAACCACAACAAGCGUUUACACAGCCUAUGAGUAUGCAGUCAGGCUAUGCUCCCACUGAUCCUCUGUGCAUAGCUCAUGGGCCACCAUCGGUGGCUACGGCAAACGCAGCGAUGGCGGUGGAGGCGACGGUUAAGGGGUUGAGUGUGGAGGUGCUCAAGACAACGCUGCAGGACAUGGCUGCGUAUUGCAAGGCUUACCCGAGUCAG